AUGCUCUCACGUGUUGCUGCAGUGAAGGCACCCCGCACACACAACCGUCGCCGCGUGACCGGAUCCAGCGGAAGGAGGAGGGAAGGAAGAGAGAGUGAGCCGCAGAGGUCCAACAUGUCUCGGCACCUCUUCUAUUCUGCGGUGCUGCUCCUUCUCGUCGUGAUGAUGUGCUGCGCCUGCGAAGCUGCACUCGCGGAGGAGAAGUCGACUGAUCCAAAGUUUGAAUGGAAGGGCAUCACUGAGGGUGAAGGUGUAACUGUGGAAUCGUUGGGUGUUCCCGGCCUUUUGAAUGUGGGGAGUGACGUGUUUGCCGUUGCCGAGGCGCAGUGCAAGCAGGGUCAAGACAGCUUUGCUGGCAUUGCAUCCCAAAUUCUCACCGAAAAAAAGGAUAACACACCGGAGGAAAUAAUGAAUGAUGCCAAAAAGGACACACAAGUUCUGGAGGAAGGCACUACCGCAAGCAAUAAAAAAGUAGAUGUGAGCCGACCAACAACAGCUGUGAAGGGAAAUGACAUUUACAUGCUUGUUGGAAAAUACAGCCGGACAGAUGCCGCUGAUGCUCGGGAGAGUGGUGGAGGUGACUGGGGACUUUUGCUGGUUAAAGGGAAAGUCAGUGCUGCAGAAGGUAAAAAAAAAAUCCAAUGGAACGAGAACCAGAGACUGGCCGGCACUCUCUCUGAUGACGAACAGGAUUCCUUGAUGCAGCUUUUUAGUGGCGGUGGAUCGGGUCUUAAGAUGAAUGACGACAUGCUUGUGUUCCCAGUGGAGGGCAAGAAGGAGAAAGGUGAAUCAAAUGACGGAAAGACUGUCUCACUGCUCAUAUACACUUCGGAGGAUUCGAGUUGGAAACUGUUGAAGGGGAUGUCUGCCGGUGGCUGCAGUGCUCCCUCCGUCGUGGAGUGGGAGAAGGACAAAAAACUCAUGAUGAUGACUGCGUGUGAUGGUGGCCGCCGCAGGGUGUACGAGUCCGGUGACAAGGGGGAAUCGUGGACGGAGGCACUCGGGACACUCUCGCGCGUGUGGGGCAACAAAAAGGGUGAAAAGGUUGAAAUCGUUAGGUGCGGGUUCAUCACAGCGAAUGUUGAGGACAGGGACGUGAUGCUCGUUACUCUGCCGGUGUAUUCCAAGAAAGCUGAGAAAGAUAACGAGGAAAAGAGUGUACUCCAUCUUUGGCUGACGGACAACACGCACAUUGUUGAUAUUGGGCCGGUAUCCGAGAAGGAAGAUGAGGACGCUGCCGCCAGUUCUCUGUUGUACAAAAGUGCUGAUAAUAAUGAGAAGGAGGAGUUGAUUGCACUGUACGAGAAAAAGGAAGGCGGUGAUAAAGACACAGCAUCACUCGGUAUGGUCUCUGCGCGUCUGACUGAGCAGCUGCAGCGGGUGAAGGAGGUGCUGAAGAAGUGGAAGAAAGUGGACGACAUUGUCUCCAAGCUGUGCAUCUCUGAGAGUGUUGAGAAGGAUAUCUCAACUGACAGUGCCUGCAGUGCUGAUGUUAAGAUCACGGACGGGCUGGUUGGCUUUUUGUCCGGCAACUUCUCUGAUAACACAUGGAGGGACGAGUACCUUGGAGUGAACGCCACAGUAAAUAAGAAUGUUAGGGUGGAGCAGGUAGAAAGUGGUGUGAAGUUCAAAGGGCGUGGCGCAGGAGCGGAGUGGCCCGUUGGCAGUCAAGGGGAGAAUCAGCUGUACCACUUUGCGAACUACAAAUUCACUCUUGUGGCGACGGUGUCUAUCGAUGGUGAGCUGAAGGAGGGUAAUAUUCCAUUGUUGGGUGUGAAGCUGGACGGUGAAGGAGAAAAAAAACCUAUGGAGUUGUCGUACGACAAUGAAAAGAAGUGGCAGUUUCUGUGCGGUGGCGGACAGAACAAGGAGCACAGCCGCGAUUGGGAUCCGGAGACAACGAAGAAAGACCACGUGGUAAUUUUGAUACGGAACGGCAACCAUUUCUCCGCGUACGUCGAUGGUAAGCGUGUGGGUGAGGAUGCGCAAUGUCAAUUGGAAAAUACAGGACCGAAAGAGAUCUCCCACUUCUACAUUGGAGGGGAUGGAAACAGUGCAGUGAGCACAGGGAUCGAAGAAGACGUGUCUGUGACGGUGACGAGCGUCCUGUUGUACAACCGUCCGUUGAAUGACGCAGGGAUUACUGCGAUUAACACAAACAAACAUUCUAUUCAAAGGCUGACAGAUCUGAAAAAUGUGGCACGAGAUACUCGUUCACCAGAUGUAGGCACAAAACCUACGCUGGCAGUCGUGUCCGAGACCACUCGUCAUGGGCAACAGCCGUUGAAACAUGAACCGUUGAAGGGAGAUGAAGGUGCGGGUAGUGGUGGUGCAUCCAAUUCUGCAAAGACCACUAUGACGACUCACUCAGUGGGGAGUCUAUCUGCAGAGCAGUUGCCGUCGGGAGGAUCUCACGAUGGAAAUAAAAAUGUGAAUGUCGAUUCCUCGUCUAAUGGUAACCCGGCGGUGGGGACAGUGGGUGGAGACACGACGCAGGGAAAUGGAUCACCGCAAAUUCCUGUGGGUAUCUCUGACACAGCAGAUGCAAAUACUCCCACCACUGAGGGCGAGGGGCAAGAUGGACCCACAUUGAAUCCUGAGGCGGGCGCGAGCUCUGGUGAGAGUGGGGAGCCAACGGAAGAAGCAAAUGGGCAGGAGGAAGAGGUCCAGCCACAGGACGGGGACGUAAAUACUACGGCACUCAGCAGCAACGUCGGAAAUGUGUCGCAGGGGCAUAACAGCGAUGCCGGCAGUAUGCGUGAGAGCGGACUGCUGCCAUCGCUGUUCGUUCUGUUGGGACUGUGGGGGUUUGCGGCUCUGUGA